GCUGAUGUCGCCAAGCUCAACCUGACAGCCAACAAAAAGGGAAAAAAGACAUCUGAAGAUACUGGCACCUCCCACAUGGCAGUGAACCGCUCACUUCAGUAUUAAACUAAGUGCACUCCACACCAGAGCAUUGCCCUCUUAGAUGCCGCUCAGUCUCCGUCUCUGCAAAUGGCUUGCUGUCUGAAGGACGAGCUCCUCUGUUCCAUCUGCCUCAGCAUCUACCAAGAUCCCGUCAGCUUUGGCUGUGAGCACUACUUCUGCAGGAAGUGUAUCACCGAGCACUGGAGCAGACAGGAGCCUCACGGAACAAGAGACUGUCCUGAGUGCCGCCGGACCUUCGCUGACCCUCUCCUUUCACCCAGUCUCAAGUUAUCCAACAUUGUGGAGCGCUACUCAGCCUUCCCGCUGGACGCCAUCCUCAACGCUCAGCGGAGCUCCUACCCCUGCAAGGACCACGAGAAGGUCAAGCUGUUCUGCCUCACUGAUAAAAGUCUGGUGUGCUUCUUCUGCGACGAGCCGGCGCUACACGAGCAGCACCAAGUAACCACUAUCGACGAGGCGUACGAGGAAAUACAGAGGGAGAUGAAGGAGCAGCUGGCCACCCUGCAGGACAGUGAGAAGGGACACACUGAGGCCCUGCAGCUCCUGCAGAGACAGCUUACUGAGACCAAGUCCUCUGCCAAGAGUCUGCGUGCAACCAUCGGCGAUGCAUUCGAGCGCCUUCACCGCUUCCUACGUGAGCGUCAGAAGAGCAUGCUGGAGGAGCUGGAGAUGGACACAGCCCGCAAGCUGGCCGACAUCGAGCAUAAGAUCCAGCGCUACAGCCAGCAGCUGCGCGAUGUCAAGGAGGGCAUCCAGAUCCUGCAGGAGCGCCUCAACGAGACAGGAAGACAUGACUUCCUGGAGGGAGUGGCAGUCACGUCUGAGAGGAUUAAAGGGAAGAUACAUGAGACCAAUCUGACGUAUGAGGACUUCCCGACAUCCAAGUAUAUGGGGCCCUUACAGUACACGAUAUGGAAGCUGCUUUUCCAGGACAUCUCGCCAGUCCCAGCAGCAUUGACCCUUGACCCCAUCACAGCCCACCAAAGACUGAUCCUCUCGGACGACUGUACCAUAGUGGCCUAUGGGAAUCUCCAUCCGCAGCCGCUGCAGGACUCCCCGCGCCGCUUUGACGUUGAGGUUUCUGUCCUAGGUGCAGAGGGCUUUGUGUCGGGCGUGCACUACUGGGAGGUGAUGGUGUCUGAGAAGACCCAGUGGAUGAUUGGGGUAGCUAAUGAGACUGUCAACCGCAAGGGCAGCAUCCAGAUCCAGCCCAGCCGUGGCUUCUACUGCAUCGUCAUGCAUGACGGAAACCAGUACAGCGCCUGCACCGAGCCCUGGACCCGCCUGAACGUUAAGAGCAAGCUGGAGAAGGUGGGGGUCUACCUAGACUACCCCAGAGGUCUGCUCAUCUUCUACAAUGCAGACGACAUGUCCUGGCUCUACACCUACAGGGAGAAAUUCCCUGCCAAGCUCUUCCCCUACUUCAGCCCAGGUCAGAGCCACGCCAACGGCAAGAACGUGCAGCCUCUGAGGAUCAAUACUGUACGCCUUUAAGAGCUACGUACAUCUGUGGUCGUGGAUGCCCUGACAGAUGAUAUGAUGGCGAAUUCAGAUGACUCAUUAAGAUGUUCAACAAAUUAAUUUAAAAAAUGCUUAAAGAGAUAGCUUUGAUUUUGUUGUUGGGAUGUAUGAGGUAUUUAUAAUUAGACAGUGUAAUAUCUGCACUGGAUGAUGGUCAGCAUGCUUUACUUCUCUCUGGACAUGGCUGUAGAAAAACACUAUCAACGGCACUCUAACAACAGCUCAGUUUGUCCCUGCUGUGCUUAGGCGUGAUUGUCUCCCCUCCCCAGUACCCUGCUACAGACAAAAUGAUGGUAAUUUUACUCUUUAUUUUACUUUUUUGAACAUUUUGGCCAGAUAUGGCCUUCUAAUAGUCUGUCAUUACUAGGGCAGAUGGCCUAGCAUAUAGGUUGCGCCCCAUUUACUGGGGUGACCCGGGUUCAAGUUAAGCCUGUGGCUCUUUUACCACAUCUCACUCAGACUCUAUCCACUUGCCUCCUCUCUAUAAAAGGCAUAAAAAAAUCCAAAACAUAUCUAGUACCAUGUCCUUAUAUGAAAUCAUUGUCUAGUGGAGCAGUCACAUCAAUUUGACCUCAUGUUCACUUUGUGCAUCCGUCCCAGGGAAGUGAACCGUUCUUGAACACUGUACAGAGUAGGGAUGCUUGAAAAUUAGCCAGUGAAAUGAUUGAAUUUGGAUUCCUUUGUAGUUGACUCCUUAAUAAUGAGUUGGAUAAACUAGCUUUUUUAUCAGUUCAGACCCGUAAUCCUGGUCAAAUGUUCAAUCUGAACCGUAGUGCUGGGGCACAGAUGUCCUGGUGGUUACAUUCUGCCUCAUGUACUCAGGCGGCCUGGGUUCCCAUCCGGUCUGUGGCUCUUUUACCACCACUCUCGUCCCUGUUUCUGGUUGUAAUCACUGUCCAAUCUCUCAAAUAAAGACAAAAAUGCCCAAAAAAUAAAUUAACUGUAAUGCAGCUGCCCGUCACUAGUAGCCACUGUAGUUGUUCCUAAUGAUUUCUGCCUUGCUGCCACAAAUCUCUGCAAUCUGCUAACCGACAGCACCAAUAGUACAUCAUAGGACGGCACGGUUUAGCUCUAUUAUGAUUUAGAAAAAGAGAAUAAAGUUGUUUAGAGGCUGUGUCAGGUUAUACUCACAACUGAAGCAUCGAGUGAUGACAUUCAGCUCAGGAAUGUGGACAUUAACCUGCAAAGACGACUGAAGGCGGGCAGCGCUAGCACUGCUAUGAUUAACCAUAUCCUGUAAACCAACUACCAUUGUUACAGCGUGAAGUUUAACAAAAUGUAUUUAGUUGACUUUUGACUAGACAGCUAGAUGACACAGUCAUGAUUUGCAUUUAAUUGUAUGGGAACUGAAAUUUGGGGAUCAAACAAGCACGCGAUGACUGUUUCCAUCACUGUUUUUUUCCAUUUUUCGUUGUUUUCUAUAAAUGCCAACCCCAGCAGCUGUUUAAUUUCCAUGCACUGCAUUAGUAGAAAAAAAGUGCUGCUGUAUGAGAAAACAUAGUGCCAAAAGACAUGAUUGUCCUAGAUCAAUUGCAAAGGGCAAAAAUAAACUUAAAACAAAAGGUAAGGCAAUUUGUGUUUGGUACAGUAUGUCUUUGUUGUAACAGCGCUUCUUUGUAAUAUAUUUUAUACCAUUGGAAAGCCUGUUUAUUAC